CACCUGGGUGUGGCUCCCACGCGCACGCACACGAUCACGCGCGCCUCGCAGAGACUUUCCCCGGGUGCGCCCUUCGUUCCUCUCCGUCUUUCUCCUCCGUCUCCACCGGUGCUGUUUCCUCUCGUCCGUCGACCUCCGUCCUCCAGCUGCAGUUCAGCGGUCAGAAACUCGCUCCGCCGCCUUUUGAACGUACUCGAGGGAACUCAGACUUUUCCUCGUUUCCUUGAACUUCACCAAGAAUCACUCAUAAUGGCCGGCAGAGGAACCGUGAAAGCCAGCGGCAACUUCAACCCCAACGCAGAUGCCGAGGCCCUGCAGAAAGCCAUGAAAGGCCUGGGGACGGAUGAGGAGGCCAUCUUGAAGCUGGUGAUUGCUCGCAGCAACGCCCAGAGGCAGGAGAUCAAGGCCGCCUACAAGACGCUGUUUGGAAAGGAUCUGAUCAAAGACCUCAGGGGAGAGCUGACCGGCAAAUUCGAGGAUCUGAUCGUGGGUCUGAUGACUGCACCCAUCGCUUAUGAUGCAGAAUCCCUCCACAAAGCCAUCAAGGGGGCCGGGACCAAAGAUAAGGUGCUGGUGGAGAUUCUCGCCUCCAGGAAACCGCAGCAGGUGAAGGACAUCGUGGCUCUUUACAAAAAGGAGUAUGGUCACAACUUGGAGGAUGACGUGUGUCACGACACUUCAGGUCACUAUAAGAGACUCCUGGUUAUCCUGCUCCAGGCCAGCAGGCAGACCGGGCUUCAGCAGGAGCUGAUUGAAGCUGAUGCUCAGGCCCUCUUCAAGGCAGGCGAGCAGAAGUUUGGUACCGACGAGGACACGUUCAUCACCAUCCUGGGCAACCGAAGCAACGAACAUCUUAGAAAGGUGUUCGAUGCCUACAUGAAGCUGUCUGGGUUCGAGAUGGAGGAGAGCAUCAAGAGGGAAACAUCUGGACACCUGAGGGAGCUGCUCCUUGCCGUGGUGAAAUGCGCCAGAGGUGUCCCAAUGUAUUUUGCUGAGACCCUGUACAACUCCAUGAAACAGGGCCUUGGCACGGACGAUGACACUCUGAUCAGAGUCAUGGUGACUCGUAGCGAGGUGGACAUGUUGGACAUCAGAGCCGAGUACAGGAGGAUGUUCGCCGGCUCCCUGCAUGCAGCCAUCACUGGUGACACCAGCGGUCACUACCGAAACGCCUUGCUGCUGCUCUGCGGUGGAAACGACGCGUGACCCUGACGUCCGCCCGUAACAGCAGCCGCACCUGAAGUGCCUCCUCCAAAUAGUUCCUCUGGGAUGCCAGCGCAGUUUAUGUUCAUAUUAAUGCAGCUUUUAGUCGACUAAUAUCUUCAUUAACUCAUGUGUCAUUGAUGCGUAUCUGACUACAGUUGUUUUGUUCGCACUUUGUAAGGCAAAACUAAAAUGCAGUAAUAAACGUUGCAGUUGAAGGACAA